CCUUCGUUCUGCAAAGGAACGGGUUAAUAUGUAUAAAUUGCUUAUAGUCACCAUAUGUGUGAACCGUUACUGGGUACACUGGGGGCCGGGUGGUGGGAGCUGAUAAACUGAUAGCACUGUUCAGAUUGCACCAGCCCAAUUGGGAAAUCUGUUGUCUUCCUGAAGAGCACAUCAGAGGUGGAGGGGGAGCUGAAUCUGUGAGCCACAGGGAGGGGACAUACAGUGACACAGAGGGUGACCCCCCCCUCCUUGUACAUUUUGAGCUCAGAGUGGCAUGAUCGACAGGUGUAUAAUUGUGACCCCCCAGGAACAAGCCACAAGGUGUGAUAGACCUCUCCCCUUCGCUGCAGAAGUUUAGCCGAGAAAAAGAGUGUGCAAGUGGGGAAGCAUCACUUGAGGAAGCUAUUUAUUCUUGGAUUCAAUGUGAAUCUUGCAUUGAGGAAGAAAGCAAAUCUAAAGUCGAGUGCUGAGAGAACAUCUAAGUGAAGUGCUCAGGAGACGUGUAAGAAAAUCUAGAAUGUCCCACAGCAGUUAUUAUGAGUAUGAAAAGAGGGGUCAAGUUUCAGGAUAUACAGCCCGUUUAAGUGGGCCCCAGUCAGAACUCAUGGGGGGCAAUCUUUGCGACCCUGAGACAUCUGUGGAUUUGUCAUCUUACAUUGAGACAGGAGAAGAAAUGCUGUCUGAUCUGUUUCCUCUCAAACAGGAACGACUUAAAGGCACAUAUCCUUAUAUCCCUCCAGAAGGACUGCCCUCUGCUGCCCUGUAUGGGUAUGCCCCAAGCAAUACUUCAGAACGCAGAAUGGGGGGGUAUGAAUCUGGGGGGGUUAUUGUAAAGGAAGAGACCCGUGGAACCCACAGGGGUGUGUGUAACACUCUGCAGUAUCAGGCAGCACAAUGCGCACAGACAGCAAUGCACCUGCCCUCUCCUCUGGAGGGAGUACAUCCCGCCCUGCGAGUACUCAAGGGGUCUAUCUCAGGGAUGUUAUCUGGCCCACCUUUAAAAGAUAACGCAUUAAAGGGUAAGAAGUGUUUGAGUAAAGACAGUCUGGAAUAUCGCCUACGCCGGGAGAGAAAUAAUAUCGCUGUGCGCAAGAGCCGAGACAAAGCCAAACGUCGGAACCUGGAGACUCAGCAACGUGCCCUAGAAUACAUGGCAGAAAAUGAGAAACUGCGAAACCGUAUCCAGCAGUUGACCCAGGAACUGGAUGCUUUGAGGGGUGUCUUUAGACAGAUUCCUGAGGCAGCAGCUUUGAGCAAAGGCUCAGGGGGGUGUAGCUGAUGGCUCCAAGUGAGAGUGCACUUAGUCCUCAGUGGACCCCAGAAUAUGUCACUGAAGGCUUGUUCAUCUGUUUUAAAUAAUUUGUGAUAGUAUAGAUAUCCUUACAGUGGCUUUGUAGAGCCUUUUUAUUUAUAGGUUUUACCGUCCGACCCAUGACCCGUCAUCUGUUGUUCAUUUACAACUUCAAGUAUCCACUGACAGCACUUUGGGUGCUGGGAUUUGUACUUUAACAACCAUUGAAGGGUCCCAGAUUUGGCAAAACUAAAUAUAAAAUGUUACAGUCCAAUUUUCCCUGCUGUUGCCAUUUUGCCCAUUAUACCCACUGUAUUUCACUUUUCCCACCUGCAAAUACUGCUUCAGGGGCCCAACUUGAUGUCACAUGUGUUUAUCCACAGGCCACGUUUGCAGUUUCGCAUUAAACUCCACUGUGUGUACAUUUACAUGUACCUGGGCCAAUGCAAUGGUUCUGGGUGCAGGUCUAAUGACCUAUAGCAUCAAUGAGCAAGUAGCAUUUAUUGAUCACCUGUCUAAAAGCAAGUAUCAUAUUGGAUGCUAAGGGUUACAGCACCUGGGCAAAAUUAGCGCUUUUUUUUUUUUACAUAGGGGAUAUUGUAUUAACAGCUCAAAAUCACUACCUCUCUUGAGAUAAUAGGGCAUAUCUACUAAAGGGCAAAAAGUUAAAAUUUGGAGUAUUGCCCCCAAAAAUUAAAUUUUACCACAGCAUUUCCAAUUUAUUAAAAAGGAGAAUAUGACAAGUUUUGGCAAUUUUUUAUUUGUUUUUUUGUGAUGUUUGUGAGAAUAAAAUAUACUGUAUGCUUAGGGGUUCCAUUAAAGCAAUAAUGACUAAUACACAAUGUGUACAGAAAUGUCCAAAUGCUCAGAUGCAUUAAUAUACAUAGUUGCAUUUCACCUUUUUGUUUAGCUGUGUUCUUUUACUUGGGUUGAUAAAGGGCAGCUUUUUGGGGAUCAUUAAUAAAUGAAUGUGUAUCUGUGUAUAAAUAAAAACUGUAUAGCAUAGAACAUUAAAAAGUGAUAAUUUUA